AGCAUCUUCAAAACAAAGCAAAGGCAGAAAACAGGAAACCUCCAGAAAAACUUCAACAGGUUCAGAAGACACCUAAUACAAGAAUGGGAUCUGCUGCAGUUCAGAUUGUAUGUGUGGCCCUCGGGGUCCUCAGCCUGAUUGGGGUCAUUGUAUGCUGCGUUGUCCCUCGCUGGAAAGUAUCUUCCUUCAUAGGUUCCAACAUUGUAACUGCACAGAGCACUCAGGAUGGCCUCUGGAUGAGCUGUGUAGUGCAGAGUACCGGCCAACAGCAAUGCAAAUCCUACGACUCCAUUCUGGUGUUGCCCUCUGACCUGCAGGCCGCCCGUGCCAUGACCAUCAUCAGCUGCAUGUUUUGCUGCCUCAGCCUCCUUAUCUUGUUCUGUGGGGCAGACUUCACCACCUGUGUGGAGAAUGAAGACGCUAAGCCCAAGAUCAGCUUGGUGGCCGGGGUGGGCUUACUGCUGGCCGGCCUCCUGAUCAUCAUCCCUGUCAGCUGGUCUGCUAACACUGUGGUGCAAAACUUCAACAACCCUUUGGUAGCAUCUUCUCAGAAGAUGGAGCUGGGAGAGUGUAUCUUUGUGGGCUGGGGUGCCGGUGUGCUGCUCCUUCUGGCUGGAGGUCUGCUGUGCUGCUUCAGCAGGCCCAGAUCUGGCAGCUCAGGGGGAACUGCAAAGUACUACAGCAACAGCGCCUCCGCCCCUAGCAAAAACUAUGUGUAAUGCCUUUAUGAAAGGGACUGUUGUUUGAGAGACAGGAUGGAAGGGCAUUGUAGCCAGUUAAAAAGAACGGCAAAAUAGACAAAGUAGACAGGGGUUAUUUGGAAAAAGCUGUAAAUAUUAAUAAUGUCUGGCUCCAGUUUUUGCUUUUAUAUUCAAAGUUAUGUUGGUGAGUUUUCCAUUUUAAAGCUGUUUUACUCUUAGGUGAUGGGUUAUGCAUAAGCUAUGUGAGAGUAAAUGGAAAACAAAUGCUAGGUAAACUGUAAAUUAUCAAUCAAUCUCACAACAUUUUAACAUCUCACAAAAGUUUUAUUUG